AUGACUUCCAGCGGCACCCAAGCGCGAAAGAGCACCUUCUAUGAUUCAGCCUACAAUGCCGAUUACUAUGACAUAUGGGCCGAAGAGAAUGGCAAGACACUCGAUCUCAAAGACGGUGUACCCGCCUAUCCGCCAGUCUUCAAGGAGCAGCUUUCUUCACGCUCCCCCAAACCUUCCGCUGAAGCUCCCUUCGCCGUCCUGGACGUCGGGACUGGCACUGGCCGUAUCCUCAUCGAUCUCGCCAAUGCUGGCGAACGCGAUGAACUCGAUCUCUCGAAUGUCCACUUUAUCGGUGUGGAUACGGAACAAGCAAUGCUGGACCGCGCAGAGAAAUCACAGGCAACACUUGCCAGCAUGGCUCGGGUAGGGAAAAUCGUGUGGUCUUCAGGCAACGCCACAACUGUGGCAUCAUUACCAGCUCUCGAGAACUAUGCUGGAGGAAUUGACCUCCUUAUCUUUGCGGCCGGUAGCAUCAGCCAUCUCACCGGGCCUGAGGAGCCGCAACGAUUCUUUGCUCAGGCAGCCUCGCUUCUGCGCCCUGGCUCGGGCCGUGUGUACUUCCCCAUUAUGAAUGCUUUCAUCUCGAAUAGGUCUAUCUCCCAGGAACCAGUGGCUCCGAAGACCCAAUCGACAUUGCAACAGUUGGGGGAGUUCCCCAGCAAGACAUUCCCAAAUAUUACUUAUAAAAAGUUUCCAUUUGACGAUAUAAAGGUGGAGGGAAAUAUCAGGACCCACUACCAUAACUUCCAUGUUAUCCGCAAGCUGGAGUCUGGUGAAGAGGAGGUGGUUCAGAACGAUAGGGUGACGUUUUCGUUGCGGGCAUGGGAGGAGCCUGAACUUCUCGAAUGGACCAAGGACGCUGGAUUAGAAUUCGUCGAGACAUUUCAUGGGCAGCGUGACACCUCUUAUUUAGCCAAACCUAGACAUGAAAUUGACUUGCAAUUACUGUUGCAGCUGAACAGCACUGGUUCCGUGAAGUUUCCCAUAGCCCUUUAUCUUCGAGUGUGUUGCGAUAGGCCAUAUAGGGCACUGGAACAAGGGAUAGACCAAUGGUUUGAAUGGCAAAAUAACCACAUUAUUGCCCUCAAAAGUAACGUUAUUGAGGAAGAACCGGUUAAUAGAGAAUUAUCCACGGGUAUUUCGCCGCAUGGUGCGUUCGUGAAGGUCGAUACGGGGCUAAAGCUCGGAGUGAACAGAGGUAACCCCUCCACCCAGGUGUCCCCAAACUAA